AUUGCGGAGAGGAGCAGUAGUUGACAAUAUAGGUAGGGCUAGAUUGCAAGGCCGAUGUAUGAAAGAACAAAAGGAUAACAACUACUGUGGGAUUUGAGCAAAAUGAAACCUGAUGAUACAGAUAGUGUGAAAAGUUUUGGGUGUCAGACUGAGCCACUGUAGCAAUGGAAGGACAAAAAGCCAAUGAGAGCACCUUUCCCAGUGUCGAUGACUUGGAUGACUUCCUCACCAAGCAUGAUUCCAAUUUUGUGUGGCUCCUUGUGGCCACCAUUCUGUCCUGUGGAUGGAUCAUAUAUUUAACCUAUUACAACUCUCGCAACAUUGGCCUCAUCUUAACGCUCAUCAUCAACAGACUGUAUAAGGAAGGAUACAUACACAUCGGGUCCUUUUCCUUCUCUGUUCUGUCAGGGAAGGUCAUGUUCAGGGAUGUGUACUUUAUUAAUGAAGACAUGUCUAUCAGGAUACAAGACGGCUUCCUUAUUUUUCGCUGGUGGAAAAUGUAUAACCCCAAACAGAAACAACAUGAUCCCAAAGCAGAAACCAGGCUUUACGUGACGGUGAACGGAUUUGAGUUUCACGUCUACAACCGCACAGACCUCUAUGCCAGGCUACAGGAGAUCUUUGGACUGGAACCCACCCUCAAACCUCCCCAAAAGGACGGGGAAAAGGGAAGGGACGAGCGAGACAAGACCUUGGACAGUAUCAACAUGAAAGCAGAGACUCCGGACCCGUCAUCGUCAUGGAGAUCCCUUAUACCGGUCAUAAAAGUCAACAUCAGCGCUGGUCGGCUUGCAUUUGGGAACCACCACCUCCCCCAGACGUUGUGCAUGAACUUUGAGGAUGCGUUCCUGACCUACACCACCAAGCCACCGUCCAGCCACCUCGACCAGUACAUGCACAUUGUCAAGGGCUCCCUGGAGAACGUCCGUGUCAUGCUGGUGCCAAGCCCACGCUACCUGGGCAUGCAGAACGACGAACCACCAAGACUGAUGGGAGAAGGGUUUGUGGUCAUGCAGUCUAACGAUGUGGACAUUUACUAUUACCAGGAUGAACCAGGCCUUGUCCCAGAGGAGCAGGAAAAUGGGGACACAGAGCCAUGUGGUGACGGCACCAAACUGCAGGACCUACCUCCAUGCUGGGGCCUGGACAUCGUCUGUGGCAAAGGAACCGACUUUAACUACGGGCCCUGGGCAGAUAGGCAAAGGGAUUGUCUGUGGAAGUUUUUCCUUCCAGCAGACUAUCAGACGAUGAAGGAAACGGAGGUUGCGCAGCCUGGCAAACCCAGACAAAUCUUGGCCUUCGAGCUCCGCAUGAACAUUAUCGCAGAUGCCACCAUUGACCUACUAUUCACCAAAAACAGGGAAACCAAUGCUAUCCACGUGAAUGUCGGCGCAGGAUCCUAUCUGGAAGUCAACAUCCCUAUGACUGUUGGAGAGGAUGGAUACUGUACCGCCAUCAAAGGGCAGCUCCUCCAUGUAGACACCACCAGUAGCAUGCAGUACAGGACCCUGCUGGAGGCUGAGAUGCUAGCUUUCCAUGUGAUAGCCAGUUUCCCACGAGUUUGGAACAUGCCUCAGUCGUGGCAGUGUGAAAUUGAGGUGUACAAAGCCACCUAUCACUUCAUCUAUGCCCAGAAGAACUUCUUCUCAGACCUGAUUCAAGACUGGGCCAGUGACAGUGCUCCAGACAUCUACUCCUUUGUACCCUACGCAUGGAAAUUUAAGAUCCUCUUCCAUCAGUUUGAGAUGAUCUGGGCAGCCAACCAACACAACUGGAUUGAUUGUUCCACCAAACAGCAGGAGAAUGUAUAUCUGGCUGCCUGUGGUGAGACGCUGAACAUCGAUUUCACGUUGCCUUUCAAUGAGUUUGUCCCCACCACCUGCCAUACAAGGUUCUGUCUGAGGGCUGAGGACACAGACCUGCGUCUCUCCCUGCCAGACUGCCACCCCAGCAGGUACCCGCUGCUCACGUUAGCCAAAGAGUACCAGAACAGCAAGAUGCCACCUGACGUGUGCAUGCCCGGGGAGAGCCACGGAGCCCCCCUGCCUAAAGUCAACAAGUCACGUUGGAGGAACAUAACCCACGCCGAAUCUGGAUGGAUCGACUGUUGGUCUGUUCCUAACUUCCUGCUCAUCAUUGAUUACACCUGGCAUCCCAUUUACCCCCAGAAGGCUGAUGAACAACUGAAACAGUCAAUAUCUGAGAUCGAGGAGUCCAUGUUGUCGGUUCUGCGCCCCCCAGAGCACGCGCCCUCCCCACACCCAGCCCCUUCUCCCUACCCGGCUGCCUCUGCCCCCAACAGCAGAGUGCCCAUGGACCCUUCGGAGCUACCUCCAGACCGGCUCCACGUGGAGAUGGAGAUGUCCCCGGACUCCCAGAUCGUCCUGUAUGGACCCCUGCUGAGGGCUCUAGUCUCCAUCAAGGAGAACUACUUUGGGGAGGAUGACAUGUACACCGACUUUGAGGAGGCAGUGUCCAGCCCCGUGCUCUCCCUCGCCACUUCCUCCGGCCUGGGCUGGUCACCGCUGGGCAUCGAGGACAGUGACAGGAGAGAGGCUGCUGCCAUCCACCCCCUGGCCCUGCGCCCCUGGGACAUCACCGUCCUCAUUAACCUCUAUAAAGUGCACGGCCGUCUGCCCAUGCACUGUGGCAGCGACGGCCCUGAAGGGCCCUCUGGCUUCCUUGAAAGGCUGUGUUUCGAGAUGAAGAAGGGCUACAAGGAGACCAUGCUUCAGCUGGUACUGUCGCCGGCCCACAUCUUCCUCAGCGACAACUACCAGCGGCCCACUGCGGACAGUGUCCUGAGGGACGGCCACCUGAGUCUGUCGGGCCUGCAGAUGCGAGCCCACGCCCUGUUCUCAGCCCAGGGUCUGCCUCUGGGCAGUGACACCCUGGAGUACGCCUGGCUCAUCGACAUGCAAGCCGGGGCGCUGACGGGCAGGGUCACCGUACCACAGCUGGCCAGCGUGAUGGAGUGGGGAGAGACCUACGUCUUCCACGUGGUGUCCAGGGAGUUCCAGCUAGAACAGCCCAAACCAUCGGUCAUCUGCCAACACGGCGUGGACCGCCGGGCGUGCGACUCAAAGAUGGCCUGUUUACCAGGCAACUGUCGGACGUCAGAGGAGCUCAAGUACACCAUGACGCGCCUCGCUGUCGACGGAGCAGACCUAUUUAUAGUAGAGUACGGCUGUGCAGCCAACAUCAAGACGGGUGCAAUCCGGCUCGCCAACUGCAACCUGCACAACCAGGCGGUCGGAGAGGGCAUCAGUGCAGUCGUGCAGGACGUCCACGUCUACCAGUACAUCGAGCAGCAGCAGCAGCCGCCCCAGCAGCAGAUGGAUGGAGCCCGCCUUGGCCCUGGAGGUCAGGGGUCGGGGCCAGGCCAGCCCCCCGUGCUGCGCCGCUCCUACUGGCUGGAGGCAGGCUCGGUCAACUUUGCCCUCAUCACGGCAGACGUGGCGCUGGCCGCUGACCACCCCGCCAAGCACGAGGUGCAGAGGAAGUUUCUGGAGCUGCACGACGCCCAAUGGAAAAGGUUAUGGUUCCUGUGGCCUGAGGACGGUGCUGCUAAGAACAAGCGCAGCAGGAACAGGUGUGGCUGUCUGGGGGGUUGCAGGUUCUUUGGAGGCACCAAUGCUGGCCUGGACUUCUUCAGACUGGAGGAGAUGACCCCCUCCUCCAGCUCCGCCUUCUCAUCCUCCAGUACCGAUACUGACAUGUGCUACGGCCAAUCGCUGUUGCAGCCUGGCGAGUGGAUCAUCACCAAAGAGUUGCCCAAACUCGGUGAGGGUAAGGGGGGAGGGUUGAAGAAGGAAAACUGCUCUCCAGUUCUCCCUGGUCCCCCACCUGAGCUGCCGGAAAGGCGAGGUCAGCACUUAAGCUUGCAAGUGCCUCUGCGCUCCCAGAGUUCAGCCUCUUCCUCCGAGGAAAAUAGUUCCUCCAGUGCAGUGCUGCCCCUACUGGCUGGAGAGAGGGACAGCCCGUCUCCCAGCACUGAGGAAAUCAUGUUCCCUGUGAAAGGCAAGAGCACUGCAGACACUCUCGGAGAGGUUCCAGAAGGUUCCCCGAUAUCCCCCAACAGCACCCAGGAACGCUCCUCCCUCCGGUCCCCCCUCCGCUCCCCCCUCAAACGGCAGUCCUCCGUCCAGUCUGGAAGGCUGGGCAGCACCAAGAGCUUAUCCGCCGCCGUUUUCACCGACAAGCCGCCCCCAGCACUCUCUGGCGGCGUCCAGUUUAGCAGCGAGGUCUCGCGUAGCGACGAGAAUGUCCUGGACUCGCCGCGCCAGCGUCGAAGCUACGGCUCUUUCCCGUUCACGCCGUCGGCAGACUCCAACACCUUCCACCAGUACCGCUCGGCUGACUCCAGUAUGUCCGUGGCGGACAGCGAGGCCUACUUUUCCGCCGCGGAGGACUUUGAGCCAAUCAGCAGUGCCGAUGAAGGUCCGGGGACUUACCCAGGCCGUAAGAAGAAGAGGAGGCAGCAAAUGCAACAGCCCCAGCAGCAGCCCUAUCACAUGGAGAACUACAGCCGCAGCUCCAUCUACCACAGCGUGGAGGGACCGCUCACCUACGUGCUGAACGGCGAGCUCAUCACCGAGCCACGGCCGCUGCCCAUGCCGCCCGUCCUCCCCCCGCUGCCCGGCCAGCCCAUGCCCAGGCACACCUCGCAGGCCUCCUUCAUGUCAGCGCUGGCCAUGGAGGAGGAGGGCUCUGUCGAGGCGGAGAAGACCGCCGAGCCGGGCCUGGUGACGCGACAGCCGCACGUCAUGGCCUGCUACCAGAGCUACAUGGCCCACUACCAGGUGUCCAAUUGGUCCGUCAAGCAGCCGACCAAUAAGAGGACGUCCAAGUCCUCUCUGCACCGCCCCCUGGACCUUGACACACCUACCAGCGAGGAGAGCUCUGCAUCUUUUGAUCAACUUUCCGUUCCUAGUUUUAAGGUAGUUAAACCAGGUCUGUCCGCUAGUUCUCUACUAGACAGAGGAGUUCAACUCAUGGGAGAUACAAACUGCCCCCCAUACACCCCCCUGGAUAAGAAGGCCAUGGAGCACACUGAUGACACCACCACGGACGACUGGACACCAGAACAGCCUCUCGCCCAGACCAGGACCACUGCUAUCGUGGAGGUGAAGGGCGCCAUCAACGUAGUGCUCACUCCUCUGGUGGCUGAAGCACUGGACAGGUACAUUGAGUCCAUGGUCCACUAUGCCAGCAUCCGCCACCCUGCUUCCAUUUUGGACGACCUGCACGGAAAAGUCCUGAACGAAGCCUACCAGAUCAGCAAGUCUACUGUAACCGAGUCUAGCACAGCCAAGCAGGAGCACAAGCUGUCCAAGACCGAGGCUACCACCCCGGGGUUAGGCAACACUCAGCCAGGCCAGACUGACCUGUCCGUCAAGCCACCAGACAACGUGAAGAUCAAGGGACUCCAAGCCAAUGUGUCCAUCCCCAAGGUGAACCUGUGUCUCCUCCAGGCCUCUGUAGAAGAGGGCUCUCCCUCCAGCUCCAGUAAGAAUGUCACCCACGUCUCCCUGGUGGCCCUGUGCUUCGACAGGAUCGCCACCCAGUUCCGUAUGAACCGGGGCAUCGUGGAGGAGAACCCCAACGCGGCAGAGCAGGGUCGCCCCUCCGUCAUGUUUGAGAAGUACGCCUCGGCCACCAAGAUGCAGCCGCAGUCGUCCGGCUCGCUGCGCUCUAACGCCGGCAUAGAGAAGGGCAAGGAGAUCGCUGCCCGGCUCAACAUCCACCGCAUCCACAGUCAGCUCCGAGGCUUGGACUCCACUGACAUAGGCACCUGUGCCAUCACCGCCAUCCCUUUUGAGAAGUCCAAGGUGCUGUUCAGCCUGGAGGAGAUGGAGGAGUUUUCCCUGGUGGACGAGACUGAGAUGCAGGCCUCAGCGGCAGAGCUGGCCCGCACAGCCUCUCUGGAGAAGUGGGGCUGGAUCAUGUUUGAGUGCGGCAUCGAGAACCUCACCGUCAAAGGCGGCCGCCAAUCUGGCGCCGUGCUCUACAGCGCGUUUGGCGUGAUGGGUCGCUCGGACGCCGGCGGCGCCAACACCGGCGUGUCCAAGUCCAACGGCUCGUCGGGCUCGCAGACCGGGAGCGGCUACAGCACGGACGUGUCGGACGACAACCUGCAGAACGACGCGGCCAGCCCCUCCUCAGACGCCAACGCCAACUCGGACUCGGAAGAUCAGGAUGAAGGAGUGGAGUCUGAUGACCUGAAGAAGGAUCUCCUCCUCAUGCCCCCUCCCCCAGAUUCCAGCAGUAUGAAACUGACUAUCAAGGAGAUCUGGUUCAGUUUCGCUGCUCCGACCAAUGUCCACUCUCCUUCCCAAGCCAUCUCCAGGCAACUAAACCUCCUGAGCACUGCCACCCCUGCUAUUGGAGCCUGGCUUGUCCCCAUUGACCAGCUCAAAUCUUCCCUCCGCAAGUUGGACAUGGAGGGAACACUACGAGUGUGUGCAGUCAUGGGCUGCAUCAUGACAGAAGCACUGGAGAAAAAGAGCAUCCACGUUCCCAUCCGAAGCAAGUACAACAGGGUGACCAAGCGAGCGCGCUACCUCCACGAGAAUCCCUCCUGCAUGCUGUGCAACAUCCUGUACCGCUACCUGCAGCAGGCCAACUACUCUGUCAUCGAAGAGGCCACCAUGAACGAUGGCCUGCCCGCCUUGGUGACCUUAAAGAAAGGUCUGGUGGCCCUGGCCAGGCAGUGGAUGAAGUUCAUCGUGGUGACCCAGGGCUUCAAGGCCAUUGGCCUGAUGAGGCCCAACCAGCUGCCCAAGCCCAAGGAGCCUCUGCCCAACCUGCCAGACCUGGGACAAGGCCUGGACAACGGGGCGGCCCUGCAGAGCGACACCAGUGCAGACGGGGCCGAGUUCGAGUUUGAUGCGGCCACCGUAAGUGAACACACCAUGCUGCUGGAUGGAGCAUGCAGUAAACCACCGCCCACGGCCGAAAAGUCUGGACCCGUCAGCGGUGUGGAGAUAAUGCGGAAGCUCUCUAAGUCUCACACGCACAAUGAAUCUGGACUCAAAAUUAAGGGCUCCCACCCCUACCAGUCUCUGAGCUACACUAGCGGGGACACAGCUGCCGACUCCCCAGCCCACGUCAGCCGAGGGGCCCUGCCUGCCAAGGACAGUCCUCGGAAGGAGAGCCUGCUCAGCUAUCUGACGGGCAGCUUUCCCAGCCUCCACAACCUGCUGGAAGGGACGCCGCAGAGAAACGAGCCCACCGCCAACGCAAAGAGCAACUCUCUCACACGCACAGGAAACAGUCUCGGUACUGACAUGCUGACAGAACACCCCCUGUUGUCUGAGCCGUCCUCCGUGAGUUUCUACAACUGGAUGUCCAAUGCCGUAGGCAACCGGGGCGUGGGCGUUACCCAGGAGUCCCCCGUCAACAGGUCCCAGCACAACAGCUUGCACACAGGCGUCACCUGUAACCUGCCCACCAUCCCCUCUGCGUCGGACUUCAACACGGUGUUGUCCAGCGACCAGAACACGCUGGACGGCACCCACUCUCAGCACAGCACCAGCCAGGACGACAUGGCCGACGUGGAGGAGGGGAAUCAGUGUCCGGCAGCCGUCCAGCUGGCAGACGCACAGGUGGUGUUCAAGCCUCUUCUGAGUCACACAGGGAUCCAGGCCCAAGACACGACUCCCCUCAGCUACAAGAUGUACUUUGGAGAGCACCUCUCCUUCUCCGGCACUCUGGAGUGUCUCCGGGCAGACAUUGUUGACUCCGACACAUCCAAGGAGCGAAAGAACAAGCGCUUGAAAAGAAAAGGCAUGGUCAACCUCCCUCCGUUGGAGUUCAAGCCCGCCCUGCUCAUCGAGACGUUCAGCCUGAACGCCGUCGUCAUGGAGAACUCCACCAGCGCUCCGCCGGGCUCCGCGGCCGCCGCGCCCCUCUCCUUCCACGACCUCAACCGCCGCCAUUACAACACGUUCCACUGCGACUUCACCAUGGCGUGCCAGGCCAUCAGCCAACGCGUGGACAUGGCUCUGGUGCGCCUCAUCCACCAGUUCAGCACCAUGAUCGACGACAUCAAGGCCACGCAGACCGACAUCAAGCUCAGCCGCUACACCGCCGGCUCGGCCUCGCCCACGCCCACCUUCAAGGCGCGCCCUUAUCGGCACUUCAGGUCGUCGGACUUCAGCCGGAGUUCCAGGGGAAGCUUGAACGGGGCGGGGCGGAGCGGGACUACCCAGAAGAGCAAGAGGGGGAUGGGGGGCGGAGAAGGAGGCCGAGGGGCGGGGGGAGGUUUGCCAUCCAACGGCCCCCCGUCGGGGGCUGACACACUAGGGAGGAGGGAGCCAAGAGGAAGGACCUCUCUGGGACGCUCGGAGCGACGCACAUCCAAGGUCUCGAGGAAGGGCUCACGGGAUGUGGCGGACCACAUGGCCAUCCAGAUGGACGACUCGGACUCCAUCACGGUGUCGGAACAGAGCGAGCCUUCGGCCGAGUGCUGGCAGAAUAUGUACAAGCUGCUCAAUUUCUACUCCCUCAUCUCCGAUCCCACCGGCAUCUUGGAGAAGAGUUCCCCUGAGAACUGCCUCUCAGAUGGCGGACGCAGCCCGUCUGAGCCUCUGUGUCGCGUGAUCUAUGAGAACGAGCAGCAGGAUCCCACCACCCCCAACAAGCCCUCCGGGGCCGGAGGGCGUCGGCGCAGCCUGGUGAGCUCCGAGCCACAGCACGUGACCCUGAUCGUGUUUGGGAUCGGCAUGGUCAACCGCACCCACCUGGAGGCCGACAUCGGGGGCCUCACCAUGGAGGCGGAGCUGAAGAAGAUCCACGGUAGUUUCACUCUCAAGGAGAAAAUGAAAGACAUAUUGCACCAGAAGAUGACAGAGACGUGCGCGUCUGCUCACAUCGGAGGCGUUAACAUCGUGUUGCUGGAGGGAAUAACACCUGACAUCCAAACCGUGGUGAAAUGCAACAUCGCUAAGUCGCAGGCCCUCUACAGUGCCCAGCGCGGCCUGCGGACCAACAACGCUGCCGUGUUCAACGUGGGGGCCGUCAUGAUCAACAUCCCCCAGCACCCGGCCACGCUGCACAGCAUGAUGGUCCGCAGCUCCCACCAGCUCUCCAAACAGAUCUCCGACCUCAUCCGCCAGCCAGCUAACAUUCCACCACCUAACCGAGAGGACACCCCCACCCCUCAGCCGUCAGACAAAAGCUCCAGCAUCAACCAGACCCCAGUGGAGGCCAACGAGUUCCCCCAGCUGCCCGAGGGCCUGGAGAAGAAACCCAUCGUGCUCAAGUUCAGCGCCAUGAUGGACGGCAUCACCAUCGGAGCCGCGCUGCUUCCCUCCCUCAAAGCCGAGUACAAGAUGGGUCGCAUGAAGAGUCACGGCAUGACGGGAGCCCAAACCCGGUUCACCUUUGAACUGCCCAACCACAAGCUGUGCUUCCAGUCCAAGGUGUCUCCUGUGGAUAUGUCCACCAUGCCCCCAUCAGCCAGCCUCAACCUGCCCCCUGUCACCAUGUCAGGAGAGUACAUCAUGGAGGAACAUGAGAGUCACUCGGACCAGGGCUGGGCCCAUGAUGACUUUCCCCCCAAGCAGGGCAACUACCUCCAGGGCAACUACCUUAGCUGUGAGGCCGAGAUUGGCUCAUUUGAGCACAACCUGACCACGGAUCUCCUAAACCACUUGGUGUUUCUACAGAAGGUCUUCAUGAAGGAGGUCAAUGAGGUCAUCCAGAAAGUCUCAGGUGGAGAGCAGCCCAUCCCUCUGUGGAAUGAGCAUGAUAUCUCAACAGAUGCGGAUAAGCCAAAGAUUCUUCUCUAUUCACUCAAUCUCAAGUUUAAGGGUGUUCAAAUGACCGCCACCACACCAUCAAUGAGGGCAGUUCGCUUCGAGACAGGCCUUAUAGAGCUGGAACUGUCCAAUAGGAUCCAGUGCAAGGCCGGGGGCAGCAGCAGCUAUCUUAAACUGUUUGGCAAAUGCCAAGUGGACUUGAAUCUGGCUUUGGGACAGAUUGUGAAACACCAGGUAUAUGAGGAGGCAGGUUCCGACUUCCAUCAGGUAGCCUACUUCCGCACUCGAAUUGGCCUGCGGAACGCCUUUCAGGAGGAGAUCAGUGGCUCCUCAGACAAGGAGGCCGUCCUCAUCACGCUUAACCGACCAAUCGUGUUUGCUCAGCCCGUGGCCUUUGACAGAGCUGUGUUGUUCUGGCUGAACUACAAAGCAGCCUACGACAACUGGAAUGAGCAGCGUCUGGCCCUCAACAAAGACAUCCACAUGGCCACCAAGGAGGUGGUGGACAAGCUGCCGGGCAUCCAGCAGACUUCAGCCCAAGCCUUCAGCACCCUCUUCCUGCAGCUCACCGUCAAUGACCUGGGCAUAUGCCUGCCUAUCACCAACACUUCACAGAAAGGACAUGUACCACUUAUCGAAGGCAUCCGCUGUGAAGCUGGGGCCAGCAGUUCUGUAGGCCAGAAAAAAUAUGCAAGAAAAGCCAACCACAGCAUUGACUUUGACACAGGCUCCGCCCUCGUGCUGACCAUCGAGAGCACGCUGAUCACCGCUUGCUCCUCAGAAUCGCUCGUCAGCAAGGGCCAUUUCAAGAACUUCUGCAUUCGCUUUGCGGAAGGCUUUGAGACCUCCUGGGACGACUGGAAGCCUGAGCUCCGUGGAGACAUGGUCAUGAAUGCAUGUGUUGUCCCAGAUGGUACUUAUGAAGUAUGUUCCAGAACCACUGGCCAACCGUCUGCAGAGAGCAGCAGCGCUGGUACCUGGACACUAAAUGUGCUCUGGAAAAUGUGUGGUAUUGACGUCCACAUGGACCCCAAUAUUGGCAAACGGCUAAAUGCCCUGGGCAACACUCUGACCUCCUUGACCGGCGAGGAGGACGCGGAUGACAUCGCUGACCUCAACUCCAUCAACAUGGCCGACUUGUCGGAUGAAGACGAGGCCGACAGAAUGUCACCCACCAUGCACAUGAGUCCAGAAGGAGACUUCAACCCCCCUCUUACGUUAAGGAAACGCCUGGUAAACCACCUCCUAGGUCUGAGCCCCAGACCUCAGAGUGUAUCGAGCCCAGCAGACUACCUUAAUGUCACAUCAACCCUACCUCACCUCAGAAGACACAGGGGCGGGUCAGGGGCCCCCAGACCCCUCUCCUGGGGAUGUGAGCCCUUAGAUCCCAGAAGGCAGAUGUUGGUGGGCAACCAGGUUGUGGAUGCUCGAGGUCGGAAGUUCACAAAGAGGCUGGUGGACAUCCGAGAGCUGAACGAGCAAGCCAAAGUGAUCGAUGACCUCAAGAAACUGGGAGCAAGUGAGGGUACCAUCAACCAGGAGAUCCAGCGCUACCAGCAGCUGGAGUCAGUAGCUGUCAACGACAUCAGAAGGGAUGUGCGCAAGAAACUACGGCGCUCCAGCAUGAGGGCGGCGUCUUUAAAGGACAAGUGGGGCUUGGGUUACAAGCCCAGUUACAACCGCUCCAAGAGCAUCUCCACAGCUGCUGCCGGCAGGCCUCCGCUGAAACGGAUGGAACGCCAAAGUUCCAGAAUAGGAGACGUCGAUGAUUUGCCCGACAUCAGAGUGGACGCGUCCUCCCCUGGUCCCAGAGUCACUUUCAACAUCCAGGACACGAUAAAUAAUCCGGCCUUGGAUUCCUCAAACCCACCUGUCAGUCCAGGAGAAGUGUUCAAGUUUCCGGAGGAGACAGAGUUGGAUUUGUUGUCCAUCACUACUGACGAGCCACUCCAUCCUCAUCAUACUCACCAUCAUCGUCAUCACUUCCCAUCCGUUAGUGAGGGGCAGUACCCCGUGUUCAGUGCCCCAGCCAGCCCUGCCGUCUUCUCACCCGCCAUUCCCUUCCAGCACGAGGACAUGAGACGCGACGAGCUCUCGUCGUCGUCAUCGGACGACUCGGAAAAGGAGGAAGAGUUUGAUCGAGAGAAGCCAGCCAGCUACUUCCGAAGGCCCGUACAAGCGCCACACAGGAAGGCGACAGGCUUUGCGGCCGUCAGCCAGUUGUUCAGCGAGCGCUGGCCCGGGACCCCCACCAACCGCAGCUUAAUGGGUCCACCCACAGAAAGGAACAUCGACUUUGAGUUGGACGUGCGUGUGGAGAUUGAUAGUGGCAAGUGUGUGCUGCACCCCACUACCCAGCAGCCCGAGCACGAAGACAUCACCUUUCGAAGGAGUUGUGACCGCAGCCUCAGGAGUCUGGAACAAGAGUCUCCACCUAAAAAGAAAAAGCUGCAGCCCAACACCUCCACCACUCACCUUUUGGCAGGCAAAAAGGUGCCCUCCUCCCUGCAAACCAAAUCCAGUGACCAGGAAACCACUGUCUUUUACAUUCCUGGAGUAGAUGUUAAGCUACACUACAACUCUAAAACACUCAAAACGGAGUCACCCAACGCCUCGCGAGGAUCUUCCCUGCCCCGCACCCUUUCCAAAGAAUCCAAGCUGUAUGGUAUGAAAGAUAGCUGCCCUCCCAAUGCUGCCCAAAGCAAGACUAACUCUCUCCUACCUCCCCCACCCCCACCUCUACCAUCAGCCAAAGGCAAGGGCAGCGGUGGGGUGAAGACAGCCAAGCUGUAUGCUUGGGUGGCUCUCCAGACCCUACCAGAGGAAAUGGUUAUCAGCCCCUGUCUGUUGGACUUUUUGGAAAAAGCUUUGGAAACCAUUCCCAUCACCCCUGUGGAUAGGAAUUAUACAGCUAUGAACAACCAGGAAGAGGAUAUGGGUCAGUUUGACCCUGUGGACCCACUAGAGGAGUCCACAACCUCCCUGGUGUCUUCCUCCACCUCUGCCUACUCCUCCUUCCCGGUGGAUGUAGUGGUCUAUGUCAGAGUACAGCCUUCUCAGAUUCGCUUCAGCUGCCUGCCCAUGUCCAGGGUGGAGUGUAUGCUGAAGCUGCCUUCUCUAGACCUGGUUUUUUCCUCCAACCGAGGAGAACUCGAGACGAGCUCCAGCUCUCACCCCUCAGACGGGCCUCACCCACCCUCCUCGACACCCCCUGGCCCCCCACACAUUCUCAAACCACCUCCAAACAAGGGGGCUUCUCCAUUGCUGGGCAGCCCCCUAGGAAGGAGCCGACACAGCAGCAGCCAAUCAGACCUCACCGGCCCCCCUACCAAUUCGUCGGGUCUUAGCUUCACCGCCUGCAUGUCAGAUUUCUCCCUCUACGUCUUCCAUCCCUACGGUGCUGGGAAGCAGAAGUCAGCCGUCACGGGUCUGCCCCCAGGUCCGGGACCCCUAGGCACAGUUGAUGAAGAGCCUUCAUCUGUUACUGGGAGGAAGGACUCUCUGAGCAUCAACCUGGAGUUUGUCAAAGUCAGCCUGUCCAGAAUGAGACGCACUGGGGGACCUACCUUCAUUGAAAGCUUCAUCCCUGGAAAAGGAGGCAAAAUGGACACCACCCUUAUCAACAUCUCUGCGGUGUGUGACAUUGGCUCCGCCUCCUUCAAGUACGACAUGAGGCGUUUGAGCGAGAUCCUGGCCUUCCCCAGAGCCUGGUACCGCAGAAGCAUUGCCCGCCGCCUGUUCUUGGGUGACCAAACCAUCAACCUGGCAGGUGACGCAUCGUCUCAAGCCUCAGGUCCAGCCACCCCAGAGUCUAUGGAGAACAUGACCCAGCACCUGUCCCCCGAAUCCUGCCGUAAAGCCUACUGGAGGACCUGGGACGGCAGCACAGGAGGGCAGCACAUUCCCCAGUCCCCAAACGUGUUUUCGGACCACAUCACAGGGAGCUCUGGGGGCCUGGCACACCUCAAAUCCCCAGCCCCUGCACGCACACGAAGCGUGUCCGACUCCUCUGCCCCAAGAAGAGACUCUGUCACUAAGACCUCCACGCCAUCAUUCAAUAAAAAUGGCAAAACAGCCGGCCAACAGGGGACACCAUGGGAAACGCUGGUGGUGUUCGCCAUCAACCUGAAACAGCUCAACGUCCAGAUGAAUAUGAGUAACGUCAUGGGCAACAACAAUUGGACAACGAGUGGGCUGAAGAGCCAGGGCCGCCUUUCAGUGGGCAGUAACAGAGACCGAGAAAUUAGCAUGUCCGUGGGCCUUGGCCGCUCCAAACUUGACUCCAAAGGCGGUGUGGUGGGCGGCAACAUAGAUGUGAACACUCUGGAGAUGGUCUCUCACAUUUCAGAGCACCCCAACCAGCAGCCCAGCCACAAGAUCCAGAUCACCAUGGGCUCCACAGAGGCCCGUGUGGACUACAUGGGCUCCAGCAUCCUAAUGGGUGUCUUUAGCAAUGCUGACCUGAAGCUUCAAGAUGAGUGGAAGGUUAAUCUCUCCACAGUGGAGACCAGCCUAUCAGAGAAAAGGUACAGUGGUGACACUGUGGAGGAUAGCCAAUCAGAGAAAAGUGAGAUCUUUGUCCAUGGGGACCUUCAGUGGGACAUCUUCCAGGUGAUCAUCUCGCGCUCUACCACUCCGGACCUCAUCAAGAUCGGGAUGAAACUCCAGGAGUUCUUCACCCAGCAGUUUGACACCAGUAAGAGGGCUUUAUCCACGUGGGGGCCAGUCCCUUACCUGCCACCCAAGGCCCCCAUCAUCAACAUUGAGAAAGGAGCAGCUGAAUUAUACAUGGAUGCUGCUCACCACCGCCACUGGCCUGGAGUGUUGAAGGUCAUCGCCGGCUGCCACAUCUCCCUUUUCCAGAUGCCCCUCCCAGAGGACGCUGUGCAACUUGGUGGCUCAAUGAGUCUUCAUGGCAACCACAUGACCCUGGCCUGCUUCCAUGGACCGAACUUCCGCUCCAAGUCGUGGGCACUGUUCCACUUGGAGGAGCCCAAUAUUGCCUUCUGGACUGAGGCACAGAAGAUAUGGGAGGACGGCUGCAGUGAUGACUCUACCUACAUUGUGCAAACACUGGAUUUCCAUCUCGGUCACAACACCAUGGUGACUAAACCCUGUGGUGCCCUGGAGAGCCCGAUGGCUACCAUCACCAAAAUCACUCGCCGCCGCCACGAGAACCCUCCGCACGGAGUGGCUACGGUCAAAGAGUGGUUCAACUAUGUCACGGCUAUGAGAAAUGAAGAGCUGAACCUGCUCCGAAACGUGGAUGCCAACAAUCAGGAGAGCGGAGCAGCGGCCAAGAGCUCAAGCCUGCUCAGCAGCUUUAGAGGCUCCUCCAGCUACAACCACGAGACAGAGACCAUCUUCGCCCUCCCCAGGAUGCAACUGGACUUCAAGUCCAUUCACGGACAGGACCCAGAAGAGCCCUCGCUAACUGAUUCCAACAGCAAGCCCACAGUGGAGUGCAGUGUGGUAACUGAGUUCACCGACCACAUCUGUGUCACCAUGGAUGCUGAGCUCAUCAUGUUCCUCCAUGACUUAGUAUCUGCAUACCUUAAAGAGAAAGAGAAAGCCCUUUUUGCCCCGCGCAUCUUUGCGGCACGGCCGGGACAGAAGAGCCCCACAGCCGUCCAUGAUGAAAAUUCUACUGACAAAGACAAUGAAGACGGCAUCAACUACACAACAGUGGACUGGAGAGAGUUCAAGUGCAACACGUGGCAUCUAGAGCCAACCCUCAGGCUAAUCUCCUGGACAGGAAGGAAGAUUGACCCCGUUGGUGUGGAUUACAUUUUACAAAAACUAGGCUUCCACCAUGCAAGGACUACAAUUCCCAAAUGGUUGCAGAGGGGUGUGAUGGACCCCUUGGACAAGGUCCUCUCUGUCCUUAUCAAGAAGCUUGGCACCGCCCUGCAGGAUGAGAAGGAAAAGAAAGGAAGAGACAAAGAGGAACAUUAAAGAUUUGAAAAAGUGUUUUAUAAAUUACCCCUUUAACACUUAAUAAUACCUGGAACCAUGGGAUAAAUUCUUCGCUACUGUACAUUACCCCUGUCAUACCGGUUUAUUGCAAAGCCGAGCUGAGUAUAGAUGUUUAUUGUGGUGCAUGCCACUAUGGGUUUUGACUGAAACAUUUUGCACCCUUGUUGCUUUGUGUAUUUUAAAGAAAAUGGCAAAUAAAGUUUCAUAUGGCUGCUUUUAAGUGAUAACCCCCUGCCGAAACCAACUUAGUUUUAUCUCAUACAUGCUGUACAUGUUAUCAGAACAAAGUAGCUGGAGUUGUGAAAUUACGUGUACAAUGAAUAGACAAAUUAAAAUUUGCCGUGCACAAUUUUGCCAUUUUGUGUAAUAUUUUAGAUGCAUUUUAGAGGGAUGUAAUAGAAAAGGAUUUGCAUCGAACAUUUUGUCUGUCAGGUCAGCUACUGAAUUGUAAAGAUGCAAUACCAUUUUAUUUUAUUUAUUUAUUGGUUUAAUCUUUAACCUGUUAUCUGGGUGUUUUAAGUAUUUUAUUUUUAAUAUGUGCAAUAGACCAGUGUAUAUAAAAUAACUGUGAAUUUCUUCAAUGUGAUUUUCUUAACCUAAUAAAAUCAUUGCCAUCCAA